AUUACACCACUGCACUGCCAGUGUGUGACGUGGAUGUGACGAGUGAGGGUGUACGCGCCCUAUCCCCUAGCCACACUAACUUGGCACUUCCUCUCCUCCCUCCCAACACAUCACGGCAGACUGUGACCCUCGUCCUGCCAGCCAGUGAGUGCCCCGGUGCGUGUAAGACCCUUACACUGACCAACCGGUAUAUGUAUCACUAGGAAUUGGUGAGAAAAUAAUAUAUUGAAAAAAAUAAACAAAAUAGGGACUGAAGUCCGUCUGUGGUUACACUGUGAUAAGUUGUAUUCCCAGCGAGACGUGGACUUAAAUAACCCGGCAGCAUCUUGGAAGGUGUAGAGAGGUGGAUAAUUAGUGAAGGAAGACAGUGAUCAGCGGCCAGGAGUGUAUCCUGACACCCAUCCAUUACCGGGAAGCGCCUGGUCCCGCCCGCCACCAGUGGUCCUGUGGCGGCCUCAGACGACGACCUUCUCAAUAAUUCGUGAGCUGAGUGGUGGCAGAUGGUGACUGGUGCACGUGCCGCAGGUGGUGCAGGCGGCUCUUAUUGAUUGUCGGUCUGGGUCAGCUGGCACCACCAUCCGAGAGAGAGAGAGAGAGAGAGAGAGAGAGAGAGAGCAGGAGUCAACAUGUGUAGCAGCCAGGCCGCUCACUCUAAGGUGCCAGCCAAGUCAUUCAUUCGUGCCUGAUACCGAGUCUCUCUUUCUUUAACUUGGAAGACUUGUAAACUCCUGACACACACACACACACACACACACACACACACACACACACACACACACACGUGGGUGACUGCAUGAACCAGCGGUGUUGCCCGUGACUGUUCCCUGUUCCCAAUGACCACCAUGGCAUCGACGGACACCUUCCUGCCGCAGGGGAACGAGGACUCCUGCCCUGCUCCUCCCCUCCAGCCUCUGUUCGACAUCAACACCAGCGUCACCACUACUACUCCUACUUCUUACUGCUCUUCCGCCGCUACGACCACCACCACUGCCACCACUACAACCACAACCAGUCAUGAAGGAGAAGGAGAUUCCAUUAUGCUGCUGGAGCCGCGUCCGUUCCGGCCCUUCAAGACCUCCGAGGAGUACCUGUACGCCAUGAAGGAGGACCUGGCGGACUGGCUCAACAACCUCUACAACCUUGACAUCAACGUGGAUAACUUCUUCGAGAGGCUGGACACUGGGGAGGUCCUUUGCGCACAUGCAAACAACGUGCGUCGCCUGGCAGUGGAGCGGGGCAACCAGGACUCCCCAGGGCCGCAGCAUGGUCAGGGCGGCGGGCGGCGGUACUCCAGCAAGUGGGAGAUUCCGCAGUACGAUGUCGUGUACCGCCAGAACAUCAUGCCGGGCUCCUUCUUCGCCAGAGACAACGUGCACAACUUCAUCACGUGGUGCCGCGACCUGGGCAUCCACGAGGUGCUGCUCUUCGAGACGGACGAUCUUGUGCUGCUCAAAAACGAGAAGCACGUCAUCCUCUCCCUGCUCGAGGUGGCCCGCCGAGGAGCCAGGUUCGGCAUGGCGGCGCCUCUACUGGUCCAGAUGGAGGCAGACAUCGACAGGGAGAUGGAGCAGGAGCGGCUGAUUGAGGAGCGCAUGGCGGAGAGUGGCGGGAAGCUGGAGGAUGAGGAAGCAUGGGGUUCAAUGACGCAGGAUUUGGCCGCACCAGAACCGCCCAAGAUGUUCUACGGCCCAGAGGCGCAGAUCAUCACCAACGACCUGAAGAGUCUCGACGAAAUGGUGCGGGAUCUGGUGGAGAGAUGUUCCUGCCCGUCACAGUUCCCGAUGGUGAAGGUCUCCGAGGGCAAGUACCGCAUCGGCGACACCCGCGUCCUUAUCUUCGUCAGAAUCCUGAGGAACCACGUGAUGGUGCGAGUGGGCGGCGGCUGGGACACACUGGAGCAUUACCUGGACAAGCACGAUCCUUGCAGGUGCCGCCAAGGUCAUCGAACUGUGUCUGGGUCUCGUGUUGGCUUCAAGACCUCAACCAGUGGCUUGGAGCGACAGCUGAUGAACGUCACUUAUGAAAGAUGCGAGGAGGGCCAGCACCCAUCCUCCCCCUCCCCAAGGCGCCGGUCUAGUGUUGGGACGCGUGGUGGAGUGAGACGUGACUCCCUGGAUGGCCGGUCAUCUCUGCGACAGCGUUCACAGUCCCCUGCCAGUCAGGACCCAAGUGGCAUCUCUCGCCUGUCUCCUGGAAAAUUCCACCACGGAAAGCCCAGCCUACGGGAUGAGCAUACCAGCUGGCGAGAUGAUUCCUCUGAAGUGAGUGACGAGGGCUAUAAGAGCCAGGGCAACACUGCCUGCCACUCCCUGCCCAGAAGCCGCAAGCCAACCAUCAGGAAGAGCCUUGAGAUGGACACUAUUGACAUGCUAGAGCGCCCUGAGUCAUCUAUGACCCAGAUGUCUUCAGAAGGCUCCUCCAUGUCCACAGAGGAUUCGGUCAACACACCACCACGCUCCCCAACCAGUGCCUCCACCAAUCCCCCUCACUACCCACUCUCAGAUGCCACCAACACCUGGUCGCCUCCACAGACCAAGCACACUCCCAGUAGUGUUCCCAAAUCAAAGCUCCCCUAUGCAGAUCCCAUGAAAGGUCCCUUCAUGGGCAGCAAAAAAUCUAAGAAGACUUCUCUUCCCGAGGAUACAUCUCCUGCAAAACCAGCAUGGAAUUCUGGUCCUGGCCUCAGGCGUAAUAGUGAAGACCGGGGAAGCAGAAUGAUCAGUCGUAGUCGGAGUGCAACGAGUGAAGGAGGUCUCAAGAUGCUGGGUCGAGAGUCUCCGACCCGUCAGUCCACAAGGCCUUCAUCUCGGCGGCCCUCUGUGUCUGGUGCAUCCCAAGGUAAAAACACCUGGAAUGGCAGAGCAUCACGAGAGCGGCCAAGUCUCACGGCAGACACAUACAAGCCGCCGACCACUCCUCGCACUGUUCGUUCAGCAUCAGCAUCUCCAGCCACAACACGAAGGCACAUUGGGCACUCUGCUCCUGUCACUCCUCUAAACCGAUCUCCAAAGCGUUCAGCUCCGGGCUCCUCCCUGACCUCACCAGUCAACAGUGGGCCUGUACUGAAGCAGCUGGCAGACCUUGAGGCAGAUGAGAACACGCUCUUGUGUAUCAAAGAUAUUUAUAAUUCACUCAGGGCCAAGGUGUCAGAGAGCUUAGCAGCGGAGGGCAAGUCUCUGCCUCCAGAGCUUGACCAGGACUACACUAGCUCGUGGAUUAGUGCUCAUGUGCCUGGCAAUCAAAGCCAAAGUGUAAGCCCUAAGCUUCCUGUAAAUUAUGGUACUUCCACUGUUAGUCCAAGUAGUUCUCAUAAAGUCACCCCAAGGAAGGCUGGAGUGGGAUCACGCAUUCCUGCACCAACUUUUUUCAUGGCUCGACAGACAGAGAUAUAGCAUUGCAUCAAGAAAAGCUAAGAUUGUGGAGCUGGCAUAGUGAAUGCAAUCUCAUACCUGCAGAUAUAGGAAUAUAUAUAUAUUUGAUUGGUGUGUAAUGAGAAGACAAUGAAAUAGAUCCAGACUGUUCAUACAAUGGUACAUAGGUGUAAAUAUUAUGUGCAUACGUACAUUAUCUUGCAGGUAGGUAAUCACCAUUGCCACAAACACAAUGUUGCUAGAACAAUACCUACUCAAUGUGCCUCUGUAACCACACUAACAUGAAUGGUGCUCCUUACCUAACAUGUGAUAUGUUGCAAUUUAUAUUUCUGAUUUUAUAAAAGUGAGUACAUUCCGAUAUUUUUCAAUAUUUUAUAUCGGUUGUGUCAUAACACAAAUACUAGUCGAUUGUAGAAUAGAAGAAAAUUGAAUUUAUCAGAAUAUAAGAAAAUGUUUUCAUUGAAUUUGAUAUUAAUGUUGAUGCAUUUAAGUACAAUGGUAUAAAGCUUUACAGCCUUGUUUAGCCUUGAAUUGUGAUGAGCUUCAGCAGGACAGACUCAUAAAUGUUUCUUCUAGGGAGGCUUGUGUUCCUGUCAAGUUGGAACCUCAUCGCAAGUGAAAUGAAAUUCACAUUGAACUGCAUACUAUUUUAAUUUCAUAUGAUUGGAUAUUUCCAUUGUUUAGCUGCACUGUUAUUAGUACAGUAGAUAUAUUUCAGUAUGCCUUUUUACUCAUGAAGAGAAUUUAUUUACUGGAUGAGUUGUUAUAAGUGUUUAUUGUAAACACUGAAGAAAAGAGUGCUGAAGAGCACUCUCAAAACUGAUGUUCACAGUAGCCAGGAAAACUUAAAAGUAUGCAUAGCAAGAAAGUUUAUGAAUAUCAUUUUGGUAAUGCUUAUUGGUUAUUGGCCUAUGUGAAAAAUUAAUUUGUUGAAUAAAUUAAUUAUAAAGAUAAAAAAUGAAUAUGCAUAUGUUUGUAUAUGUAUGUAAAGAAAAAAAAGUAGAAUGCAAAAGCGGGCAUUUUGUAACAAGCUAUUGUUUAAGUGUAACUGAUGUAUAAUUACACUCCUGUAAUUUUUCUAAGUUUUAUCAUCGUGCUUUUAUGAUAAUGACAAUUAUGUUUAUGACAAUUGAUUACUCAGAUCUCCAUUAACUUGUUAAUCUAUAUGAUUAGAAAAGGAGAGAGAGGAAGAGAGACUUACAUUUUAAUGUUGCAAUAUUUUUGGAUGCGAGCAGUGCAAAGCAGAGGAUUUCCUGGUAUUUAAACAUGCUUUAUUCACUCACAUUCACUUACACAUGUAUAUGAUAAAAAUCCUGUUGGUCUGACAUACUUUGAGGAGGGAAAGAGUCAUAGUGUUGUGUCAUAAGCAGUUGUGUAUAUUAUGCCCUGGCAUUUUUUUUACACAUAUCUCCAGCCAGAUCACAUAAUCAUGUGUAUCAGUAGAAGUCAGGCAGUAUCUAACUGACAGAGAUAUAACACCUCUUACCCUUAUAAUGUUAGAAAGGAUAUUUAUAUUUCUUCCACUACUAGAUAGUGCACUAGGAACCAGAGAAAAAGAAAAGUAAUGUUUUUAGUUGAUUUUGAUUACAUGGAGACAUGACUUAGUUAUUAGAGUUUCCCCACAUGCAUGGUUAUUGUAAAUAGUAUAUGCCUCUGUCUCUCUCUCUCUGCUGUGAUCUGAGGUGCAUGGCUCUUGACCUGGAAGUUCUGUUUGCAUCCACAACCAUCAUAUUACUCUUGUUAUUGUAACCUUCAUUAGCUGGCUCCUUUUUUAUUAGAAGACGUUAUAAUAUAUGGAAAAUGAAGGUUGUCUUCUAUUUUUAAGUUUAUAUUCUCAUAUUAAUGUCAAGAAUGAAGUAGUUUGUGCAAAUAAAAUGCUAGAUAAUUUACUAAAAGAGGCAACAGAUCAACUUUAUGCAUACAGGGUAAUACCUUUAGUAAAAGGUGCCUCCAGGUUUGAUUACAAGACAAGUAAAGCUUGAAUGCAUCAUGUUAGAGCUGUCCUCCAUCCAUAAGGUGCUGUUCUGUCCUGACUGACUGUAGUCAUGAGCAGUGUGGUGGCUGAGGGAGAAGGCAAGAGUGUGCUUCAUGUGUAUUGCUCACACAGCUAGUGACUUUUGUUGGGCACUUGGGCACCUCAUGUUGUGUAUACUAGCAGGAUAGAAUACUGUAAAUCUUAUACUUUAUAUGUUCUGUUUCAUGCACUAUGAUAAUAAUAACAAUAAUAAUAGUUGAUACAAUGGAUUAUAUAUAUAUA